GGAGCCAGACAGCAAAAGCUGAAUCUACGGAGGCUUCACAGUUACUUCUAGCUUGAGGAAAGUGACACUGGUUCAAGAUGAGUGCAAUGUUGGAGACCCCCGAGCUGCCAGCAGUAUUUGAUGGGGUGAAGCUGGCUGCAGUUGCUGCUGUUCUGUAUGUUAUUGUUCGCUGCCUGAACUUAAAGAGCCCAACUGCCCCUCCGGAGCUCUUCUACCAGGACUCUGCUCUCUCCCGCUUUCUGCUGAAAUCCUGCCCACUUCUGACCAAAGAAUACAUUCCCCCCCUGAUCUGGGAAAAGAGUGGACAUAUCCAGACUGCCCUUUACGGGAAGAUGGUGAGAGUGAGAUCACCGCAUCCAUAUGGACUUCGGAAGUACCUCACGAUGCCAGAUGGAGCAACAGCCACUUUUGAUCUCUUUGAGCCCCAGUCUGAGCACUGCAUUGGAGAGGAUGUCACAAUGGUAAUCUGCCCUGGGAUUGCCAACCACAGUGAAAAGCAGUAUAUCCGCACUUUUGUUGACUAUGCGCAAAAAAAUGGUUACAGAUGUGCUGUUCUGAAUCAUUUGGGAGCCCUACCAAAUAUUGAGCUGACUUCUCCACGGAUGUUCACAUACGGUUGUACCUGGGAAUUUGGUGCCAUGGUCAAUUACAUCAAGAAGACCUAUCCUCAGACCCAGAUGGUUGUAGUAGGCUUCAGCCUGGGUGGAAACAUUGUGUGCAAGUACCUUGGAGAGUCCCAGGCCAACCAGGAGAGAGUCCUGUGCUGUGUCAGUGUGUGCCAAGGAUACAGUGCACUGAGGGCCCUGGAAACCUUCAUGCAAUGGGAUCAAUGUAGAAGAUUUUAUAACUUCCUCAUGGCAGACAACAUGAAAAAGAUCAUCCUUUCUCACAGGCAAGUUCUUUUUGGAGAUAACAAUAUGAAGAAGCCACAGAACCUGUCAGAUGCAGAUCUGAGCAAACUCUACACAGCAACAUCCCUCAUGCAGAUUGAUGAUAGCGUCAUGAGGAAGUUCCAUGGCUACAGUUCCCUGAAGGAGUACUAUGAAGAAGAAAGCUGCCUACCAUACUUGCACAGAAUCUAUGUUCCUCUCCUGUUGGUUAAUGCUGCUGAUGACCCUCUGGUGCAUGAGAGUCUUCUAUCAAUUCCAAGAGCUCUUUCAGAGAAACGGGAAAAUGUCAUGCAUGUGCUGCCCCUUCAUGGAGGUCACCUGGGCUUUUUUGAGGGGUCUGUACUCUUUCCAGAGCCUCUUACGUGGAUGGAUAAGCUUGUGGUGCAAUAUGCCAAUGCCAUCUGCCAGUGGGAGAAGACAAAGUCUCAGUGCUCAGACACAGAGCAGGCUGUAUCUGGCCAGGAGUAACUGACCCAAAGACUCCCUGGAUCACUUCAGUAUAUCUCCCCUUUGGGAACUCCUUGUUCCCUCACCUGCUGCUUCAGGUUUCCAUUCUUCUUGAUAUCCUAGGGCUGGGGUUUGAUCACAAUGUUUCCUUCUGAAAAGUGGAGCUACAGCAGGAGUUAAUAUCUGGUCAGAGCACCCUUGCAUAUGUAGUUAUUUGGCCUUGGAACUAUUGGUCUGCUUGAACUGGGUUGCUGACUGUGGCCUGAUACAGAGCUGUUAAGCUAAAGAACUUAUUUUAAAUGCACCAGGAGUUUCAAAUAUCAAAUUCCUUCAC